AUGCCUGCCUUGAAGUCCUUGUUGAGCGUCCUGGCGCUAGCCGGUACCGCGGUAUCGUGUGCCCACCAUGGAGAUAGUGAGGUAGUCCCCGAGCACGAGCGCGCAGAAUUGCUCAAGAAGUGGGAUCAAGAGUGGUCCUUCUCUGGCAUCGCCAGCUUCGCCCAUCUCCCCCCAGUCAAGUGCCUAGUCGAGCCCUCAGAGCGCUACGACAUUGCAGUCAUCGGUGCGCCCUUCGACACAGCCGUAAGCUACCGACCCGGCGCCCGGUUCGGGCCCCGCGCCAUCCGCGCCGCCAGCGCACGCCAAAUGUCCGGCACAAGCUACAAUACGCGCGCAGGCAUCAACCCGUACCAGUCGUGGGCGAAGAUCACGGAUUGCGGUGACAUCCCGAUCACGCCUUUUGACAACGGGCUCGCCGAGCGCCAGAUGUACGAGGCGUUCCUGGAGCUCGGAUCGCGGAAGGUGGUGAACCAGGCGCCGAAGGGCGGCGAUAGCAUUGGGUCCGGACACCCGAAGCUGGUGACGUUGGGUGGCGACCACAGUGUUGCAUUGCCGGCUUUGCGUGCGCUGCACAAGAUCUACCAGAAGCCCAUCACGGUGCUGCACUUUGAUGCGCAUCUUGAUACCUGGAAUCCCGUGCGCUACAGUGCGUACUGGCAGUCUGAGCAGACGCAGUUUAACCAUGGAAGCUUCUUCCACAAGGCGAGCCGGGAGGGGUUGAUCUGUAACUCUACUUCUGCGCAUGCUGGUUUGCGGACCCGCUUGACUGGUGUUGAUGAUGGGGAUUAUACCAACCCGGGUCCUGAGCAGGGAUUCAUUCGCAUUCAUGCGGAUGAUAUUGAUGAGCUUGGUCCUAUGGGUGUUGUGGAUGCUAUCAUUCAGCGUACCGGUCUGGAUCCUGAGCAGCCCGUCUAUCUGUCUGUUGAUAUCGAUGUUCUGGAUCCCGCGACUGCCCCUGGCACUGGUACCCCCGAGCCUGGUGGUUGGACUACCCGCGAGUUCAUCCGGAUCCUGCGUGGCUUGGAGAAGCUGAACCUGGUUGGUGCGGAUAUUGUUGAGGUGUCGCCUGCUUAUGAUAACAAGGGUGAAACUACGGCUCUGGCUGCGGCCCAGGUUGCAUUUGAGAUUAUUACCAGCAUGGUCAAGUCUGGUGUCAAGGAAGAAAUGGGUGGUUGGUAUGGACGCCCGAUUGUUGAGGGUGCCGAGGAUGUCGAGGAUGUCGAGGCUGAGUCCGUGGUUGGCAAGGACGAGCUGUAA